AUGGAAGAGCAUAUCCUACUGACAUUGUACCAUAAUACUUACCACAAUUAUCUCGUGGUGACUCCUGGCGAGAACGACAUAGAGACCAACUCCUACCAGGUUAAUGGUGUGCCUGGUUUUGAAUAUGGUGUGGAGAUAGUUAUGCAAGAGGAGAACGGGGAGGAUAUGACCAUUUUGAUAAAAAAUCUUCUUAGGAAGUGGGAUAAGAAGUAUAAGAAGCAGUUGACAUUUUCCUUCCCACCGCUGGGAAAGAAGAUGUUCUUUGUGUCUUUUGAAAUUGUGUCAGCAGUCGACUUUGAUAUGGACAACGCAUAUAUUGAAUAUUAUAUAAAGAUUCCAGAUAAUAUGAAAACUACGGGCGAACUUCGAGGUCGCACGCACCGUGCUCAUUUUAUAGAAAAUAAUAAGAAAAAGUUUUGGAGGUACGGACAUACCGUUGACUUGGAAAUGGAGUGUGCCACAGGGAUUGAUCCACAACCGCUAAAAAUAUACUUAGAAGCAAUAUCAGUGGACUGGUGGGGGCGUCACAGAACCGAGGGUUAUAGCCAUAUAAGUUUGACAUUGCAACCCGGACGCUACAACGAACGGCUAACGUGUCUUAGGCCAGAAGAAAGGGACCAAGUGGUUGCUGAAAGUAGAAGAUUCUUCGUUGGAGGAUGCCACUUGCUAAAAAACUUGGCUGUACUCGAUAAUACGCAGAUCGAGGACCCCAGUUUCAGUUACGUAUCCACUGGAUCUAUAUACGUUAGGUGGAACGUCAUAUCCCAAAGACCGUCCCCCUCUCGGCUUCCAUCCACUCCUCAUUCUUCAUCGUCAGAACUGCUGAGGGGAGCUGAAGCAGUGCUCAGACAGUAUAAGAAGGCCAAGGCCACAUUAGCAAUAGCAGCUGGCUUAGCAAUGGAUGGUUCUGGUGAUGGAUAG